UAUACAGUAAGCAGUAUUUGAUACAUCCAAUAAUCAAUAUAUGAUCCUUCUUUCAAAAACAACAUGUUUAUUUAAUCAUACAGGAUUAUAUUUUGAAUAAGGGUCGCAAUUUUCAAAUAUUUUGCGUGGUUAUAUAGAUGGAAGAAAAUCAAUAAUGGGUCAUACCAUGAUAAUGCAAACAUGCUUGCUACUUGUAGAUAAGUCAGAAUAACUUGUAAAUAUUUAUGAGUUGUGAGAAUAAGUCUUUAGUUUAGUAUAUAUUUUUAUUUUGUGAUGGAAGAUAGCGGAAUUGAUAGUGAUCCAAAAACUACUAGUCAUGUAGAAGAUGAGAGACUUUUUUUGGGUAGUGAUAGCAGCUCUAGCAGCAAUCAGACACAAACAUUACAACAUAAUUCUACUACUAAGCAGCUACAAAGGAAGCUAGAGGCAAGAAUUGAACAAGCAAAGCGUAUUCAACGUAACUCAGAUUAUGUAAAGUUGCCAAAGUAUGAUAAGGGAUGUGGCAGUGGUAGUAGCACAACUGGUUUGAUAUCCAUUCAAAGACUUCCUAUACCAAAUAAAAAUAAGGAACAUCUUCCUCUUGUUGAGUAUUGGCAUUGUGACAGUGAAAGUGAAGGUGAAAUGACUCUCUUUCCAAUAAAUAAAUCAAAAGAUUCUUCAAAGCAUAAACAAGAUCUUACUGACACAUUUAGUAUUGAAGAGCUAAGUGAAGAGAGUGAGGAUUCUUUGAAUUUAGGACCUGCCCGAUCAUCUCCAGAACUGAAAUUUAUGAAAUCUUAUAGGUGUACUGGUGACUGUUGUCGCUGUCAGUGCCACAUAUUGUAAUUUAUUGUUAUGUAUAUAUAUUUUAAAUAUG